AUGGAUAGCAUUGCACCAAUGAAAAAAAACACAUUAACUCUCAUGACUAGUUACCCAUUGGAGUUCAUCAACCUCACAAUGUGUGGGUCGAAGAAAUCAAGGGAAAACAGAGAACUUGCUAGCAUUCAGGAUAUUGGAGGGAAGCCAGCAUCAUCCAUAGUCACUGCGUCCAGGGAACAUCCGUUAUGCUGCAGUCAGUGGGGGGACAAACUCUCAGUGUUUACUGAAAGCUUAUCAGAUAAACUUGCGUUGGAAGGUAUUGUGGUGAAUUGUGCUGAGUGUAGACCUGCCGCUAGUGAAAACUACAUGCAAAUGAAGAGAAAACAGAUUGAAGAAUCUUCCAAACCAAAGAGGCAAUCACAACAGAAAGAAAAGGCAGUAACAACAAAUUACAGACCAUUGUCAAAUCAUCAAUACAAUAUUUAUCUGAAAGAAAUUCUGAGAGACAUUGGAAUUUACAACAUGAAAGGAACUCACAAAGGAACACAUCGUAGAUGAAGCCAGAAUUCAGACAUUAUCAGGGAGAAGACAAGAGCGACUAGAAAAACCCAGAGCCACCAUACAACAACUGGGAGGAGCCAUGCGUUACAGGCCCAGGGCAAACAUUUUCCAAAAUCCCACUCACUGUGCACUGCUAGAAUAAUGCUUCUGUGUGAGCUGUGUGUCUGUACAGUCAGAAGGUGAUAUUCUGAUAUCUAAUGCUUGCUGAGAAUGCGGUGGGAACUGGAAUUUAUAAGAUGAAAUAUUAUAUUUUUCCAUUUCAAACAAGCGUUCCAUUGGGCAAAUACACUGGUAUAUGUACUUGCACAUAGCAAGCAGUUUAUUCUAAACAACCAUGUGUGUCUUCAACCAGAAAACAACUGUAGGUGUUUAAAGCUUCCUAAAGGAUUGUUCAUAGAGCCACGCUUGAUUUGGAGAAAAAUAAAACUUUGUCUAUUUUCCCCUUGAAAUUGUGUAAGUUCCACUGGAACAAAGUGUAAGUUUUGCUAGGCAAUUCUUUAUUCAGAGUACAACAAGUAUAUUUUCUUCUUAACUUCUAUAAGCUAAAGCUUAGUUUCAUUAUAUCUGUGUGAUGUAAAAAAAAUGUUGUAUUCCAAUAUUGUGUGCUCUACGGUUUUAUAACAUUGGUUCUUAAUAAAAAAUGAAAAAUAA